CUUCCGUCCAUCAUUUUCCUCACUAGCAAAGCCCAAAGAAAAUGAAGUAAAAAAAUAUUAGAUUUUGCAAAGAACCACCAGAUGGGUAUGGGAUUUUGUAAAAAGAAGUUUGAAAUUUUGUGACCCUAACGGCCAUGGACCAUGUUCUUGCCUUCAUCAACCAAUCUUUAUGCCUUCAUCAACUCUAACAAUCACAAAAUUUCGGGUUAAGACUGAAAACUGCAGAGAGGAAGUGAAAUAACAGAGGAUUAGACUGUUUUAAGGAGGUAAAGAAUUGUGUCUAUGAGAGAGAGGCUCUUCAAGCUUUUGAAGAAGUCUUGGACUGAGGCCCAGACUUUUGAAGAAGUUUUACAGCGUUGAUGUGAUUAACAUCUCCAUGGGAUUUGAUGAUAUGCCAUUAGAAACCAAUCCAAUCGCAAUAGCGUCAUUUUGUGCUGUGAAGAAGGGUGUGGUGGUUUCAACUUCAGCAGGAAAUAAUGGUUCAGCCCUUGGGACAGUACACACUGGGUUUCCUUGGGUCUUGACCAUCACAGCUGGCUCCGUUGAUGAUGGAUGGAGGAGAGAGACGUUUUACAGAGGAGAAAAUGAAGGAAUAGCAGUGAUAGAGGGAAGAGAGGUGGAUAAAAUUUUUGGAAGAUAUCUGAACCUUUCAAUUAUUUAGUUAAAUCUGAGCCGUUCACUGUUUUUACAGCAUGUGUGCUGUAGUUUAAACUACAGCAUACAAGCCGGAUCCUAAGUACAGACCUAUGCAAAGUGAGCCCCUUAGCCUUAUGUUAAGGUACCCCGUACCUCGUCGAUCAUAUCAACCACGGAUCUCUUUUUUUUUUUUUUGAAAUCAACCAUGGAUAUGGCAAAGCCACAUGCAGCACUGCUGUCUAGCCCCGGGAUGGGCCACCUCAUCCCCAUCGUGGAGCUCGGCAAACGCCUCGUGACACACCACAAUUUCACCCUCACAAUCUUCGCCGUCACUUCUCCCAUGUCGCCGGCAGAGUCUCAUGUUAUCCAGUCCUCCAUGAGCCCGAAACUCUUCGACAUCGUCCAACUCCCACCGGUUGACAUCUCCGGCCUAGUUGAUGCAAACUCUUCGAUUGUUACACAACUCUCGGUAAUGAUGCGUGAAACCCGGCCAGCCAUUCGUUCCGCAAUCUCUGCCUUGAAGCCCCGGCCAACCUUGCUUAUCGUCGACCUAUUUGGAACCGAAUCUUUUCCCAUAGCUGAUGAACUUGAUAUGCUCAAGUACGUUUACGUCGCUACGAACGCAUGGUUCCUUGCUUUGACCAUAUAUGUGCCGUUCCUCGACAAAGAGGUGGAAGGAGAGUAUGUUCACCAAGUAGAGUCGCUGAGACUCCCCGGUUGCAAGUCGGUGCGGCCUGAAGACGUGGUUGACCCGAUGCUUGACCGAACUAACCAGCAGUAUGUUGAGUACGUAAGAAUGGGGUCUGAGAUCCCAAUGAGUGACGGGAUUUUGUUGAAUACGUGGGCGGAUCUGCAUCCCACAACACUUGCUGCGCUGAGAGAUGACGGUCUCUUGGGUCGGGUCACUAAGAGCCCGGUUUACCCUGUUGGUCCUUUAACAAGAACGGUCUCCGCUUCGAAGGGCCAGUUGUUUGACUGGCUAGACAAGCAACCCAGCGAGUCAGUGAUUUACGUGUCGUUUGGAAGCGGUGGAACCCUUUCAUGCGAGCAAACGACCGAGAUAGCCUGGGGGUUGGAGCUGAGCCAGCAGAGAUUCAUUUGGGUGGUACGCCCACCCAGCAUAAGAGCUGCGGACGCCUCUUUUCUCACGGCAGGGAACGCAUCAGGUGAUGACCCAUUGAACUACUUGCCCGAUGGAUUCUUGACACGAACGAGGAACGUGGGGCUUGUGCUGCCCCUGUGGGCCCCGCAAGCGGACGUCCUGCGCCACCCAUCAGUUGGUGGGUUCCUGUCGCACUGUGGGUGGAACUCCACCCUAGAGAGCAUCACCAACGGAGUGCCAAUGAUUGCGUGGCCGCUCUACGCGGAGCAGAAGAUGAACGCCACGUUACUGACGGAAGAGCUCGGCGUGGCCGUACGGUCGAAGGUGUUGCCGUCGAAAAAAGUGGUGGGAAGACAAGAGAUAGAGAAGAUGGUGAGGACGAUCAUGGAAGACAAAGAAGGGAAUGCGAUAAGAGCAAGGGUGAAGGAGCUAAAGCAGAGUGCAGAGAAAGCUUUGUCAAUGGGUGGUUCGUCAUUCCAUGCACUUUCCGAACUGGCAAAUCAAUGUGAGGUUAGAAUGCAAAGCCAGAAAGCACAGGCUCCGUGAGUGUCGGUCCAGAGACUUAACUCCUCUAGGUUAUGUUUCCUACUUUGUUUUUUUUUUUUUUUCGUUGUCAUUUGUAAUAAUCUUAAUGUUCUUGUCGUUGUCAUCUGUAAUAAGAGAAGAGAAAUGGGUAAUGCUCAAAAGGGAAAUGUUAUUUUUAUUACGGCA